AUUAUAAAAAACAAAAAAGGAAAUUCUUUUAUUACAAAAAUACGAUCAUUAAAAUAUCAGAUCAUGCAAACAUUAAUAAUCAAUCAUCACCUUGUUUUGUGGUUUUGACUGUAACUGCUGUUGACUGUAAAAAUGUGGUUUAUUGGUUGGAAAGGACCAUCAGGUUUCUCAGCUUCAUCAACUGCUCAACAAGUCACUCAUGGAAUUGAUGGAACCUCUCUCACUGCAAUCAUCACUGGAGCAUCAAGUGGUCUUGGUCUGGAAACAACAAGGAUUCUUGCUUUCCGUGGUGUACAUGUUGUUAUGGCAGUUAGGAAUGUGAAAAAUUGUAUAGAUAUCAAAGAAUCAAUACUUAAGGAAAUUCCAGCUGCUAAGAUUGAUGUUUUUGAGUUAGAUCUUAGCUCUUUGGCAUCUGUUAGGAAAUUCGCAGCAGAUUUUAAUUCCUCCGGUCUUCCACUCAAUAUUCUAAUUAACAAUGCAGGGCUGAUGGCUACUCCAUUCAUGCUUUCUCAAGACAAUAUUGAAUUGCAGUUUGCAACCAAUCACUUAGGCCAUUUUCUGUUGACAAACCUUUUAUUAGAGACUAUGAAAAAAACUGUAAGGGAAUGCAACCAGGAAGGAAGGAUAGUUAUUGUAUCAUCAGAGGCUCACAGAUUUGCAUACAGUGAAGGGAUUCGUUUCGAUAAGAUCAACAACGAAUCAGAAUACAGCAGUUAUUUUGCUUAUGGACAAUCCAAGCUUGCAAAUAUUUUGCAUGCCAAUGAGCUUUCAAGGCGCUUGAAGGAAGAAGGAGUGCAAAUAACUGUUAACUCCCUUCAUCCUGGUACAAUUGUUACAAAUAUUCUGCGGCACCAUGGCUAUUUCAAUGCCGUUGCUAAUAUGGUGGGCAAGUACUUCCUUAAAAAUGUCCAACAGGGAGCUGCAACUCAAUGUUACCUUGCAUUGCAUCCACAGGUCAAGGGAAUAUCCGGUGAAUACUUUACGGAUAGCAACAAGGCAAGCCCAACUUCUUUAGCCAAAGAUACAAAGCUGGCACAAAAACUAUGGGAAUUAAGUGUAAGUUUGUCUAAUACAAAGUAGCUUUGAGGUUUGUUUGACGCGACUCUUGCUACACUGAGCUAGAGCAAACUUCAUAUGUGCAAAAAACAACUAUUUGUAUUAGAAAAGCUUUACAAAGAUUUAGAAAUGCCUAUGGAUGAAAACUUUUACAUCUUGAAGCGUUUUAGUAAUCAAUAGCUCAGAGUAUCCAUUCAUUACAGGUUUGAGAUGGUUAUUGUUCAAAUCAAGCAGUAUAUAAUUCUUUUCAGACUUGAUCCAUUGUAGCAUUCCAUUGCAUUGUAUACUGUUAGAGUUGCCAAGCACAAAAUCUGAAUAAAAGUUCUCAAACUUGUAGACCCAUAA